AUGAGAGUGCACGACAGUCCUGAAGUUGCCUCUGUCCUAUCGCACAUAUCCGGAUCAUCAACUUCAAGAACCUGGGGAUCCCUCAAGUUCAAUCCAGCGUCGCAAAUGAGUGGCUCUUCAACGAUACCGAAAUUCGUCAUCGACCUCUCCCAGCCGCCUGAGCAGCGUUACUCCCACAUCAUUCCGCACUUUGUAGAAGCCGUCACCUCUUGCGACUUGCCAAGUCUGUUUGAUGAACUACUUCUUGACCUCACCGGCUCGCAUGUAUCAAAAUGGCUCUCCAAUAUCUCACCAUAUCUCAUGCGAAGGGUUCACUCAGAAGAGGAAACGGCCGAGUUACGUGGAAUUUCAACAGCGAUUAGUAUCCCUAUGCAUGUUCUCGUCGCUUUCAACGUACUUCUAGACCUCUUGCUAGGAUGUACAAGCGGCGGAGUUCGCACGCUGGAUUUGCCUGGACGAACAACACGGAUGUUACAUUUUCGGACUCUGGAUUGGGGAAUGGAUAAGCUCCGGCAUAUUAUCGUUGAGCUUGACUUUGCGAAAUCCGCUGGAGGGCCUGUAAUUGCUACUACAGUUACCUAUCUUGGCUAUGUCGGUGUCCUGACAGGCGUGCGGAGAGGGUUGAGCAUGAGUUUGAAUUUUCGGCCAUACCAUGCGAAUGAGACACUGCGUCAACGACUAUCUUUCAGAUGGAACCAAGCUAUGGUGAUCUUCGGUUAUCGUCAAUCCAUCUCGAGUGCCCUGAGAAAUAUUCUUCUAGAGGAGUCGACCGAAUUGUUGCGCCAACCGGAAAGUUCUAUAUCUGGCGAUCCAACACAGCACGGUGUCUCUGAUAAUUACGUACAAAAGGUGUUGAAAAAGCUGACGGCAUCUGACUCAACUUCCGCAUAUCUCAUAUUCUGCCAACCAGAACGAUUAUACAUCGUGGAGAAAGACCACAGAAAAGCCAAAGUCCGCGACUCUGACACAUUUCUCACUGCCUACAACCACGAUCUUAAAGACGAGGAGGACCCCUCUCGCUUAGAGCAAGCGGCAGCAGAGUUAGAGAGCACGGAUAAUGCACUCGGCAUGGCUGAACUCGUUGGUUUAUCGCUGGACAGGAAAGAGUGCCUAGAGAAGAUGUGGAUGAAAAGAUCACUCGUUUGUCGAAGACGGUAUAAGGAAAGCAGAGAUGUUGUCACUCAAGCUGAUGUGGUUAAGUUUCUGGAGCACGAUGAGAUAAGUAAUGAUGAGACACACUACGCAGUUAUCAUGGAUCCAAAGGAGGGUAAGGUUGUGUGGCGGAAGAUGUAUGAAAUUUGA